AUGAAGACCACCUCAAUCAACGUCUCACAGUACCUCUUUGAGCGACUACGUCAAUUAGGUAUUACUUCAAUCCACGGCGUUCCUGGCGAUUAUAACCUUACUCUUCUCGACUACGUUAAGCCUGCCGGUCUGACCUGGGUCGGUAAUGCCAAUGAACUCAACGCUGGUUAUGCGGCAGACGGUUAUUCCCGUGUCAAGGGGAUCGGCGCUCUUGUUACCACCUUCGGCGUCGGGGAGCUUUCGGCUGUAAAUGCCAUUGCUGGUGCAUACGCCGAAAGAGCAGCUGUUGUUCAUAUCGUGGGAAUUCCAUCGAGAGUCACGCAAGAGUCUAGAGCAAAGGUCCAUCAUACCUUUGGAGAUGGCGAAUAUGGUCGAUUUGCUGAGAUUUCUCGUCAUGUCACUGUCGGUCAGACUAGACUUUUGGAUGUCAGGACUAUUCCGGACCAGAUCGAUACAAUCCUGCAGCAAUGUCUUCAGCACAGCCGUCCCGUCUACAUCGAGGUUCCCGUUGACCUUGUCGAUGCUCCUGUUUCUGCAACGCCACUUAGUAAUAUCCUGACCUUGCCGACCGACGAACCCAAUGCUUUGACCGAUCUUUCUUCAUCCAGAAUCUUGGACAGAAUUUAUUCUGCGAAGCAACCCAUCAUCCUUGUCGACGGUGAAGUACGUCCUAUGGGCGUUGUGGACCAAGUACGAGAAAUCGUCAAGUCUACCGGCUGGCCAACUUGGAUCACGGGAUACUCCAAAGGCCUCUUAGAUGAAGGUUUACCAAACUUCCAUGGUGUCUACAACGGAUCCUUUGACACGUCUCCAUCCCAAGAUUUCUUUAACAGCUCUGACCUUGUUUUGUGCUUCGGUCCCCAUUUCACUUCUACCAACACUUUCUUGUUCUCGAGUAUUCCUGAUCAGGCAGUCAGUGUGUUAAUCUCCGAUACCGAGGUUUCUUUGGGAGAUGAGAAGAUUCGAAACUGCCCCGCCAAGCCACUGCUCAACCGUCUCUUGCGCGAAAUUGAUCUCAGCAAGAUUCACAAGUACGAGACUUACCCUGGUCUUCACAAGGAUAGCCUCUUGUCCUUCUCCAGCAUUCCUCCAGCCGAAUUCAUCGACCAGAAGAGUCUAUGGAAACUGCUGGGUAACUUCCUUCGCCCUGGAGAUAUACUCAUGGCAGAGACUGGUACCGCAGCUUAUGGUGCUCGACAUAUUCUCCUCCCAGCACACGCCAAGUACUUCGGGCCUGUGACUUGGCUCAGUAUAGGAUACAUGCUGCCAGCCGCCCAAGGUGCCGCACUUGCGCAGAAAGAGAUGUCGGGUACUAACAACUGGCAUGGUGUUGAGAAUCCACGUACAGUUCUGCUCAUGGGUGAUGGAAGCUUCCAAAUGACAGCUCAAGAACUCUCAACCAUCAUCAAGCACAACCUUAACGUCGUCGUGUUUCUCAUCAACAACGACGGAUACACUAUUGAGAGGUGCAUCCAUGGAGUUAGUCAAGGAUACAAUGAUGUCGCACGUUGGCGAUACUUAGAUGGACCGCGCUUCUUCGGUGCGGCAGAGGGCGCCUUCACUGCUUCUUGCAAGACAUGGGGUGAGUUGCAGAAGGUACUGGAUGAGAAGGCGUUGAGUGAUGGUGAGUGUUUGAGGAUGGUGGAGAUUCACAUGGAUAGGGAGGAUGCGCCCAAUGGACCACUAAGUCAAUAUCUUGACAAGCAAAGGACAAGACUCAAUGGGAAAGCUUAG